CGGCUAAUAACAUACGGGUUAGGGCAAAAAUGAGUGCAGUUGAUGAAAGAACGAUUUACGCAAAGCUCGAAGCGAUGAAAGACAUUCGCUCAAAAACACUUCAGCUCGAGAAGCUGAAGCUGAAAAUUAUCCGCGAGGUGGAGAAUGGUGAUGCGGAGGAAAAAUGUCUUUCCGAGUAUCGGCGCGAGCUGGAGCUACUGAUGCAGGAAAAGAUGAGCCAUGUGGAGGAACUGCGUCAGAUUCAUGCCGAUAUCAAUGCUAUGGAAACAGUCAUCAAGCAGGCGGAGGAAAAUCGUAUCCGGUCGAUUAAUAUGGCGAAUCGCAUUCAUGAAGAAUAUGUCCCACUGAAAACGGAGGUAGAUUCAAUGCGCCGCGAUUAUUUGGGCCUCGAAAGACUGCCAGAAUUACACGAAGAGGAAGGAACUACUAUUUCACCAGACCGCUUCCAGAACUAUUACGCCACCAACAAACCACUGUCGACGCCUUCUGCCACCUUCUCCCGGCCCCCGCUAUCCGCCCAUCAUCCACUGCCGCCCGAUGCACCCGCCACAUCGUUGCCACCGUCAGCACCGCCCGGUUUUCUGCCACCGCCGCCGGUAGCGAUGCGUAUCAACAAACCACCGGAACUGCCCACGAACCGACUGCAGCAGACACCGUCCACGAUCGGCAUCGGUCAUCCGACAUUCAGGUCUGAUUUCAAUGUGAAUUUAAGCAGACAGCAGCCGCCUCCCAUGAAGUCGUGUCUUUCGUGCCAUCAGCAAAUACAUCGCAAUGCACCGAUCUGUCCACUUUGCAAAGCCAAAAGCCGUUCUCGUAACCCCAAGAAACCGAAGAAGAAGGACCAUUAGCUUGGACGACCGCAGGGAAACCU